AUGGAGCUGCGGAAAGAAGUAAAGAAGAAACAAGGAUCCAGCGAGGAUUACGUGAUGAAUGCACUCGCUACUCGUCUACCAGAAUUCGAUCAGAACCCGAACCCGAACACGGACACGAUCCACUUUCUAAUGAAGCUCAUGGAAUUAUGGAAGUCUUGUCGAGAACCCAUAGCUGAACUGAUGAAGCAAGAAUCCAACGAAGAGUACAAAGACUACUUGGAACUGCAGAAUCACAUACAGAUGAUCGACAAAGCCAAGGUACCUCAGGUGCUCAUUGCUGCGACCCCUCACAUACUUCUCAACUUGUUAUUGAUCUCCUAUCUCAUUUUUGGUGCGGUCUUUAUGCGUUAUGUCGAUGAAAGCGUUCGGAAAGAAGACUUCCAACCAGCUCUGCUCUUCAUUUACACAACAAUCAUGACUAUCGGUUAUGGUAGCAUUUACCCCACAACCACACAGGGAAAAAUUUGUUGCGUUGGUUACUGCGUCAUUGGUAUACCGCUAAUCUUCUUGGUAUUAUCAAAUAACGGCCAAUUUGUGGUGGAUGCAUACUGGAUUUUACGCAAAAGCGCUGGAGGCAAGGUGCAAGCCUCCAAAAGUCUGCCACUGUGGAUAUCAGCGCUGUUGUUUUGCGCGCAUUCGCUUAUGGGCGGUGUCAUUUCUGUCAAGUCUUCAAAUCGUAAACUACUCUUCCGAGCCUCUUAA